CACUUCUUUUUGCUUCACAUCCAAAUAGAAGGCCUGCUCAGUUCUUAAAAGCUCUCUGUUAAUUUUCUCCUUCAUAUAUACACCAUUUUAUUUUGCUUUUACGAUUCUAAAACAAUGACAUUCCAAAAGGCAUUUGCUGCUAUGCUAAUUGCAUCCUUUCUGCUCGUCCAUUUUGCUAGUACCCAGAAGGUUGACUACAGCAAGCCACCAACACCAGCCCCUCAAGCUCCACAGCCACUGGAUUGCAUAGGAGCUUGUAAGUAUAGGUGCAGCAAGUCAUCGAGGCAAAAUCUAUGCAACAGAGCAUGUGGAAGCUGCUGCAACAGAUGCCACUGCGUACCACCAGGGACCUCUGGAAAUUAUGAAGCAUGCCCUUGCUAUUUCAACCUUACUGCUCAUAACAACACCCGCAAGUGUCCUUAAUUAACUAUUCGUCGUUUUUAUCUAGCUGUUUUUUGUUCUACAAAGGGAGUCCAUUUUCAAAACAAAUGUACCUUUAAACUAUCAUUGUAUCUCAAUAAUUUAAGCAAGCUAGUUGUUCAUUCUGAGGUUUAAUUCAAUGGUGCUUUUGUUUUCUCUAUGUACGAAGUUUGUGAAGUAAUAAUUGAUACUAUUAUUUACUA